AUGGAGAGGUUACACGCCGGCUGGCUGACCAAAUCUCCGCCAGAGUACAAAACACACGGACCGUGGAAGUUCUUCAAAUCCAAAUGGCGUAGGCGAUAUUUUGUCCUAUAUGUGCCUCCAUCAUCAGGCACUUUACCUGGUAAGAUGUGCUCUGCCAUUUUGGAUUAUUACUCUGAUGACAAAAUGACAAACAAGAAAGGCUCGAUAGAUUUGGAGAAGUGCCACACGAUAUUUGUUAAUUUCAACUCUGAAACAUACAAACAUAUAUUUGUCAUGAAGACAGUUUGUAAAGACAAGGAGAGAGAUUACUAUUUAUCAUCUGAAUCCCAAGAGCAACUUGAUGAGUGGGUCAAGUUGCUGUGUGAUGUGGUCGGGCUAAAUCGAAAAGCCUCCCCGAAACCCUUGUCUCCCCUGAAGAGCCCAGAGGCUCCUGCCCUGGUCCCACGCAAGCAGUCCCUACAAACACCUCUCAACACUUACACGACGUCACCAGUCAGAACCAAGCUGCCUAGUGACUAUUUGUUUCUGGAAGAUUGUUCAUCUGCCUCCAAACAACCAGCUGAUGAAGCUGCUUCUCCAGCUCCAGCACUCUUGCCAAAAAAGACAAGGGAAACCUUCUCAUCUCAUACUUCAUCACCAUCAACUUAUUCUAUUUACAACACUCCAACGACACCGUCAUCUCAUUCUCAAUCUAUUUACAACACGCCUUCUUCAUCAUCAACCAAAUCUGUCUACAACACUUCUGCAACUAGCAACAGCAGAACAAAUGUUGCAUCAACCUACUCAGGCAGCUGCAUAGAACGAAAGGAGCUCUCCACCAACCACACCUCACCUGACUUCCAACAAACAGACAACGACACUCAAGACGGCAUUUACAACACACCACGAAAAACUAUUGCUGCCGACGAUGUUUAUAAAUUACCAAAAUCUUACCAGAACCAGAUCGCAAAUGACGAAGACGAGGAUGACAGCCAGUUUGAACCAAUUUGGAUAGCCAAAAAUAACCUCGACCCAUUUCCAAAAAAACGAAGCAAUGCAUCAUCAGGCAGCAGUAAAUUAUACAUGAAUGAGGAUUUGUUACACGCCUGUCCGCCGGCUCAUAACAGCAUCUAUGACGUCCCAUCGACCCUCACCAAACCCUCUCUCCCUCCUAAAUCGCCGGCCCACUACAAAAACCAUCUCCAACAUCAUAAUGGUCGCCAACAUAAGCAGCCACAGUCCCACCACCAGCAGCAGCAGCAGAGGCAAGAUAAAUAUGUAAACUCCCUAAAGAUGGCAGUACAGACGGGUAGAUCCCACAAUAAGAAUGUUAUAGUCUGUCACACAGACACAACAAUAGCAUUCAACAAGGAUCAAGAUGAAGCUAUCUCUCUCACUUCUAAGGCUUCUACUGCUACCAAUAACAACAACAACAAACAUUUUAGAUCACCGGACCUCCUUCUACCUGUGAAAGUUGGCAACAAGUACCAUUCAGAAAACAUCAAAUCAUCAUCAUCGAAAUCGGCUACGUCAUCGUCUUCGUCAUCGUCUUCGUCAUCAAUUGACGUUGGCCACGAUGAUGAUGAUGAUGAUGAUGAGGAGGAGGAGGAGGAUGGUGGUUGGAGGGAUGGUCGGGAAGAUAGCGCGAUUGGCUCGACGUCUGGAAUUACGAAUGGCCCGAGCGACUUGCUGAAGUUCGAUAGAUGGGAGCGCCAGAGAAAAACCAGAAUGUCGUCCGAUUGUAAUGUCUUUGUUAACGAUGACGUCAUCGACGGAAGAGUGACCACUGCUGAGAAUAAGACGACGACGACGGACUCCACAAAACCUAAUACCGCAAUUCAUUACGCCGACCUUGACUUUGAAGGUGAUUCGAAUGUCGAGUCCCGACCGCCCAAACUUUUAUUGGACAACAAAAUCGAGUACAAAGAAAUCGACUUUGAGAAGACAGAUGCCCUGAAAGUUACGAGGGAGAACUUGCACUCGCAAUGAUUUUUUUUAGCGUUUUUUUGUUUUUCAAGUUAAUUUUUUAGAGAUUCUAAAGUAUCGUCGAGUAAUUUAUGAUUCUAUUGUGGCUUUAAUGAUAGUUUUAGUACGAUUUUCAAUUUGUAAAUCGAUGCUGGUAGGUAACACCCGGGUAAUUAAUUUGAGGUUUUUUCCAUAUAUUUUUUUCUAUUUUGAUUCAAUUUUGGUGUUCAGAUAACAUAUCUAAUAAUAAUAAUCAUCUGAUGAUUUUCAACUGAAGUUUAAAACUGUUUUCGAGUUUGCUUAAAUCUUCAAUCAUAUUGAUAAGUUAGUGGCCGUAAAAGAAUCUUGAAACUUUAACAUUGUUAGCCGUGUGUGUAUGUGUGUUUGUUUGUAUCACGAACUAGAUUUGAAUAAUUUUUCUAAUUUUUAAUAGCUUAUAUUAAUUAAAUAGCCUAUUUAUAUUUAAUUUUGUGAUGUUCGUUAUCUAAAAGUGUCAUCUUGAAUCUACGAUGAUGAAUGAGAAACUUGUCUUUCCUUGCUUUUUAUUGAGUAACCACAACGUAAAGCCGUAUUUCUUUUAAUGUCGUUAUGUUUGUUUAUUUAUUUUUUAAUUAAUAUUUUUUUUUAAUAUUUUUAAUCAAAUGUAUUUUCUUGAAUUUACACUUUUUUUCUUGAUUAUGGCGUGAAAUUUAUAUUUUUAUAUCGACUUUAUUUUACGUUUUAAUUGGUUCAUUUUCAGACGUGUAUGAAUGUUAGAAGGUUUUCAUCAUUGCAUUAAUUGCAUUUUCGUUAGCAACAUUUUUUAUCUAAUGUUAUCAAUGUGAUCUAAUGUUACAUUUGAACUGU